GCUGCCGGGAAAGCGAUGGCGGCGACAGCGGAAUCUUCGACUCUGUGAGAGCUGGCGGGGCCUGCGGUGCCCCUGAGCAAUGGCCCGGAGGUGAGCCCAGAGCUGGCCCUGAGGUGGCCCUGAGAAGAAGUGGAAGGCAGAGGUGGUGCUGAGGCAGGAGAGCCCCGUGCUGGGGAAGAGGCUGAGCUGGGAGUGCCCAGCAGCGAGAAGGUGCUGUGUCCAUGCCCUGUGUGCCAGGCCCCGAGCUGAGGACGGAGAGCACGGAGGACAAAUUCCCCCGGCAGAGCCUGGUGGGAGAGGCCGUUUUGAAGGGCUCCCUGGCACAGGAAGGCAGCGGGGAGGAAAAGGCCUGGAGAUGCCCCCGGAGGAGGGCCUGCAAAGCCAACCCAGGGAGCUCUGAGGAGGAAAGACCCGUCCUGUGCCAGGAAGGCGACCGGAGCUUGAGCCAGAGCUCUGAGCUGGUGGUCCCUGAGCAGCCUCCCAGCAGGGAGAAGCCCUUCAGGUGCUUGGAAUGUGGGAAGAGCUUCAGGCAGAGCUCCAAGCUCCUCACCCACCAGCUCAUCCACACUGGGGAACGGCCCUACACCUGUCAGGAAUGUGGGAAGAGCUUCAGGCAGAGCUCCACCCUCCUCAGGCACCUGCACAUCCACACUGGGGAACGGCCAUACGAGUGUGGAGAGAUGUGGGAAGAGCUUCAGGCACAGCUCCAACCUGCUCACAACCACCAGC